AUUUCCUGCUCCGCCGCCGCCGCCCGCGCGCAUCGGGGGCGCCCCGGUCGGCGAUGUGGCGGUGCUAUGCUGGGCGGGCUCCUCAGGUUCCUCUCGGCGUGCGGCGGGUCCUGGCAGACCUCGCCCGCGCCGCCCCACGCCGCCGGCCCGCCCUCCGACCCCGCCUCGGACUCCUCCGCCUCUGAGGGCCGCGACGGCCUGCUCUGGUGGCGCGACCUCGCGCGCUGCGCCGCCGGGGACGCCUCCGCCGCGCUCGUCCAGGCCAACCACACCCUCGAGGACCAGUGCCGCCUCCACUCCGCCCCGCCCCUCGGCACCCUCCUCGCCGUCCUCGACGGCCACGCCGGCCACGCCGCCGCCCGCUUCGCCUGCGACCACCUCCUCCCCGCCCUCCUAGAGGCCGCGUCCGGCCCGGGGGGCGUCACGGCGGACGCCAUCAGGGACGCCUUCGCGGCCACCGAGGCGGCCUUCAUCGCGCAGGUCUCCAGCCAGUGGGACACCAACCCGGACCUCGCCACCGUCGGCUCCUGCUGCCUCGUCGGCGUCGUGCACGACCACACCCUCUUCGUCGCCAACCUGGGGGACUCCCGGGCCGUCCUGGGGAAGAAGGUGGGCCGCUCCGGCCAGAUCGUCGCCGAGCAGCUCUCCACCGAGCACAACGCCAAUCACGAGGCCGUCCGGCAGGAGCUCAUGGCCCAGCACCCCGAUGACCCGCAGAUCGUCGCGCUUAAGCAUGGGGUCUGGAGAGUCAAGGGCAUCAUACAGGUGUCGCGGUCACUCGGUGAUGCUUACCUGAAAGACGCAAAGUAUAACACGGAACGGAUCAAACCAAAGUUCAGAGUCUCUGAGCCAUUCAGCAGACCUAUAAUGAGUGCCGAACCAACCAUCGUCUCGCGCAGCCUUGAACCAAGUGACUGUUUCGUCAUAUUUGCUUCAGAUGGCUUGUGGGAGCACUUGACUAACCAGGAAGCUGUAGAGAUUGUUCACAACAAUCAGCGCGCUGGGAGCGCAAGAAGGCUCAUAAAAGCAGCACUCCAAGAAGCAGCGCGGAAACGUGAGAUGCGGUACUCAGACCUCAUGAGGAUCGACAAGAAAGUCCGCCGGCAUUUCCACGACGACAUCACUGUCAUCGUCCUAUUCAUAAAUCACGAGCUGUUAGCCAAAGGAAAUGCGCAAUUAACUGGAGACUGGGGAGCAAUGAAAAAAAUGCCCUAAAUUAUGUCUGUCACUGAUAUGUUCAUCCUCUGGGCUUGUCAGUCCUGGACAGAGCAGCGUAAAUCUCUUACCGCAAAGACGAAGGUUGAAGUGACCAGCCUUCUAAACACAAGGAGUAAGAGAAGGAGGCUUCCCAGGACUGUCACAAUCGAUUCUAUCCAUGAGAAGAACUUCCUUUCUCCCAAGAGUGUCCUUGAGGCAGUCGUCAUCGAUGUUUUCGUUCUUCCUGGUACAAAUAUAUACAUGCUUACCUUAGGAGACAUGUGGAGUACAUCCACUAUUGAUCUGUAUCUACACCGAAGGUACUACAACUAUAUAGGACAACAUUGUAUCUUGAAGAAGGGUCGAGAAGUUGUGCUCACAGGAUGUUGUCUUCGCACAGCUGUUGUUGAGGGAUCUGGCCAUGCUCGUAUUUUGCCAACAGAAUACAUGGUGAUAUUACUUGAUGAGGAACAAGAUGAAGAUGCCAUGCUACUUGCUGCACAGUUUUGCACAUAUUCUUUCUCCUCCAUGAUGGAAGAGAAAAGUAGAAAUGAUGUUGAAUACUCAUUUUAUGCCAGGAUUGAGAAGAUUGAGACCUUGGAACCUUUUGGAUGUACAGAAAGAAAGCAGAUUGUGCUUGUAGAUAAUGAUGAUGAGAAGAUCAAAUUUAUUUUAUGGGGAGAGCAGGUUUCACUUGCAAAUCUUUUCAGUGUAGGGAGCAUGCUUGCACUGGACAGUCCUUAUAUUUCCAAUUUUGCGCACAAUAAUCAUGAGGAGCCUCAGGAAUUGUGUCUUGAGUAUGGUAGUGCAACACAGGUUUACUUGGUGCCAAUUGCUCAACACGAGGAACAGGUAUUCCUCACACCUACUCAAGUAAGGAGCCAAGGACCUCGCCUGUCAUGUGUUCCAGUCGAUAAUAUGGCUUCACAAGUAACAUUACCACGUGACUUGCAUGGUGCAGUUGACUUCAGCAAAUAUCCGUUUCGAGCGUAUGUAAGUGAUCUUCAUGGUAAAAUGGUGGGAGUUAGUCUGUUUGGCACUGUAACAAGUGUUUGCAAAGUAAGCACAUCUGGGACUACAUUCUAUUUGGAGAUAGAAGAUGCAACAGGAGUUGUUCUGACGAAGCUUAUCUUUACUGGACACUGGUCAUUAGGUAGAGUUGGAGUUGGUCAUAUGGUGUACAUUUCUGGUCUGACUUGUAGUUUGAAUAAAACAAACAUCCUUGAAGUCUCAUGGAGCGAAAAGGAGCCAGGAUCGCUGUUUGUUAACUUGAGCUUACUGCCAGCGUUGUUGAAUUCAACAUGCCUGCAUAAUAUAUCACUCUUGUCAGAUCUGCCCCAUUCAGCAAACAGAACACAUAUAUGCCGUGUUCGACUUGACCACAUCGAUUGCGACAGUUUAAAGUUGUCGUUAUUCCACAAUCUGUGUGGUUAUGUUGUGGAUGAACUGCCAGAUGGGCUUCAGUGUUCCUUCUGUAAAGUGGCCUGCCAGAAUGGAUGCACGCCUGGCUUUCAGUUGCACUUGACCAUUGCAGAUGACAGCGAGAAGGUCUUUGCAUGGUGUGUUGGUCAAACGGCUGUAGAGUUCCUUCAAAUAUUCCCUGACGAGUAUAUGGAACUCCCUGAGGACGAACAGGCGAUGUAUCUCUUCACCCUCCAGAACGAGAGCUUCACCGUCGCCAUCGCCAACACCAGCAAGCGGGUGGACGGGUACGCCGAGAACGCCGAGGCCCUCCCCGUGUGGGAGAUCGUGAGAGCCCAGAGAUGCGAAUGAGCCCGGAAGACGAAAUAUUUGUGUCGCAAAGUUGGCCAUAGAACCUGUUUGGGAGGCUCGGGAGUCGGGAUCGAUCAUGGCCUUGCCCGUUCAGGUCAUCCGUCGGUCGAGCAUGUUAUGUAAGCAGAGUGCCCACGCAUCUGCCGCUGGGAGCCAUUGCGUUUUAUAUCCUUGACGAACAUUGUCUACUGAAGGUUCUCUGCUCGGAUGGCGUGUGGUUCAGUCCGGCAAAAGAUGUGAUUAGCCUUUUCGUGACA